AUUCGCGAACUUGUUUUACUUGUCCAGGGCCCAAAUCCAUCUCCACGGUUUCCUCCUCUUCUCUUCCUCCUCAUUUCGUCCUGCGUCCUGAGUCCUGAACUCCUGAUCUACUCCGAUCUCUAGAGCUGCCGCCGAGCGUCGGCGGCUCCAUCCUCCCGGCCCAACCCCUCCGCCUCCCACGCGCGUCGCCGCCAUCACCAUUCCCGUUCCAUCUCAUCGCGCCCCUGCUGUCUCAACCCCUUUCCCGUCGCAAUUUCGGCAAUUGGUUUCUGACUCUGAGCUGACACCGGAAAUUUGCUGCGACCUCCUCUCCCCUCCUUGUCCGGUGGCCAUGGGGACAGUUGCAAUCUACAGCCUCUUCAUCAUCAACAAGUCCGGUGGCCUCAUAUACUACAAGGACUAUGGCUCGGCAGGGAGGAUGGACACCAACGACAGCCUACGCCUGGCGAGUCUCUGGCACUCGAUGCACGCCAUCUCCCAGCAGCUGUCCCCUACCACUGGCUGUACCGGCAUUGAUCUCCUGCAGGCCCACAACUUCGACCUCCAUUGCUUCCAAUCCCUCACAGGGACUAAAUUUUUUGUUGUAUGCGAAACUGGUGCUCAAAACAUGGAAAUCCUGCUGAAAACGAUUUAUGAGCUGUACACAGAGUUUGUCUUGAAGAACCCAUUUUACGAGAUGGAGAUGCCGAUUCGUUGCGAGCUCUUUGAUCUCAACCUAGCUCAGGUCAUCCAGAAGGACCGUGUUGCGCUUCUGGGCCGCUGAAACAUGAAAAUGUCAUACCAUACACCUUUGCUGUAACUCUGUUUGUUCCUGUACUGCCUUUUGUAUUUGCUCAGCUAGAACCUUUCAAAAACUAAAAUGCGUUUUACUCAUAAGAGUGCGUGCUCUCAUUUCAUUUUUGAGUUAUCCUAAAAUUCUAAAAAUCGUUAAAAACAUAUGGAUGUACAAUAUGCCCUCUUGCAUGUGUUACUGAUGACUAAUGGCACAUGUGUGGUACGCGCUUGCACAUCUGUAAGACUGUAAAUCUUCUCUACGUAAUGCUUGGGUCACAGCAUUUUGAAGAGAAACAAUGUGUGUAAGCUUUGAUAUUGCUUAGCUUGUAUUUCCGAUUCUCCA